UUAGACGAUCAGUAUGAACCUGACCGCCCAUCUUCUGGACCUCAUGCUGAAGGCUUCCAACCUCUCUCGCUGGCAGUUCAUCCAGGAAUUCUCCAUUCCUCCUCUGGUGGCUGUGCCCAGACUCCCUAGCUCCCUGCUUCCAGUUUUUGGUGUGCUCUAUGUGCUCAUCUUUGGGCUCGCGGUGGUGGGAAACGGGGCAGUGCUGGUUCUCUUAUGUCGCAGGAAGGCUCUGCAGUCUCCAAGCACCUUCUUCAUUUGCUCUCUGGCACUUAGCGACCUCCUGAUAUCCAUAGUUUGUGUUCCUGCCACACUGCUGCAGCACUUCUUCACCAACUGGUUGGCAGGUGAUUUCCUGUGCAAGUUAAUACCGUUCUUACAAGUGACAGGCAUCGCAACCAGCAUGCUCACCAUGACUUGUAUUGCUGUAGAGCGUUUCAAGGGAAUCCUUUAUCCUCUUCAUGUCCGCAACAGCUACUUUCUUUGUCAUGCCUUCAAGAUGCUGGUGGCUGUAUGGUUGGUUGCCCUGGCAAUCGCUGCUCCCAUGUGGUUUGUUCAAAAGGUGGAGGUGAAAUAUGACUUUCUGUUUGACAUCCACCACACCUGUUGUUUGGAAGUAUGGCCGAGCCAGCAGCGGAGGAGAGCGUACACUAGCUGUCUGUCCUUCAUGGUGUUUCUGGCCCCCUUGACGACCAUGGCCAUCCUGUACUGGAAGAUUAUGCGGGAGCUCUGGGGCAAGCACAAAGUUCACAACGUCAUGUUUCAAACACUCCCGGGAUCUGAAAUCAACAAGAUUACCAGGAGGAAGAAACGUGCAGUGAGAAUGAUGGCCACCGUCGUGCUGCUCUUUGCCGCCUGCUGGGCGCCUUUCCAUCUGGUCUCCCUCCUGCUUGACUACGGUCAGCUGGACCUUGAUCUUGACUCCGAGUUUCUCCUAGUCAGCGUGGUUCAGAUCCUGGGAUUCAGCAACUCUGUGUGUAACCCGCUGGUUUAUGCUGCCCUUAACACCACCUUUAAAAGAGACCUGCUGGCUCUGCUCACUCGAGGAUGCUCUGGUACAGUAGGUUGCUGCUGUAGAUCGUGCUCCUGCUGGUCCUGGAGGAGUCACAAACAAGUGGGCAUCUCAGUGGUGGACUCAGUGGAACCAAGACGGGGCCUGGACACAACAUGCAAACAGGGAAGGAUCAGGUUGUGGAGCAAACCAGCAUGGGAGGCUGAACCAGAAAGGCCUACAUCUAACAUGUUCCCCCCCAUGAACCUUCUCAGCGCCAUCAGACCCAAAAAAACCUCCAGUACCAUGAUGCUAAGUGUUAUCGACCCUCCACACACAGACAGCACCUCUGGGUCUGACCGGCUUCCCGCAGGCAUACUGGGACAGUGAAUGUCAACAGAAUGAAAUUGGAGCGAUUGCUUAAACUCAUUGACUUAACGAUUUAGAAGACCCGAAUCCUUCAGGAGCUUAGAACAAUCUCAAAUAUAGCCACGUUUUUACCUUUCGCUAAUGACGUGGAUUCAACAAACUGCAGGCAGCGGUUUUCAGAGCUUUGAAGGAUGUUUCUUGAGCUCAGCUGAUAUCUCCACGAUAAGGAUCACCACUGAAAGAAACUGAGACGGUUUCAGUUUUGUUGUGGUUUCAUGCUUCUGAAAACCGCAUAUGAGCAAGACCCGUUACAGUACAUCGUUAGUUUUAGUUCAGCUCUGAGAAAGACCAAAGACCAUGUGUGCACUCUUCCAAAACUGUGGAGCGCGUGCAGCCUCUUGCCUCAGGGAAUAUGGACUCUGUCUCCAUGAAUGGGCCCAAAGUCAGAAGAAGCCUGCAGAGAGGUUUGGAGAUGCCCAGCUGAGUACGAACGACACGCUCUCCAUAAAGCCUGACAACUCGGGUUUAAAUAAUGACAACUGUAGAGUUUGCUGCAGGCAAGAUUUCACUAUUCAGACAACCUGGAGAUAGAGAUUAUGUAGAUUGGUAACAACACGCAUUUGGCACCUUGAUACCUUACCAUAUCGUACUACCAGCAUCGUUACAAUAAUCAUAUUUUGAGAAACCAUCUGUAUAUUUUUAUAUUGAAAUGCACAUAAACAUAACUCUUAAGUAGCCUUGAUGGUUUCACCAUAGUAUAUAUUUGUUGACUUAAUAUAAAAAAAAAAAAGGUUUCAUAUUAAAAGUCUUAAUAUAUCACUGCA